ACGAUUCACAUAAAAUUUUUGAAUGCAAAUCGACUUAAUUAGACAAAUUUGUUGAAACGAAUCCAAAAAGAAUUGUCUCCCGAGUAUACUUUUUUUUUUUUUUAUGGUGCGACAAAAACUGAGGAGCGCCUUUUUGCGCUACGGUCCUGGGAGAGUUGCCGUCCCCUCUAUAUACGAUAACACGAACUAAUCGUUCGCCAUAUCGUCGGGAGUGUUGGAUGGUGAAUAGAGUGCGAUUUAUCGUGACCAGAGACGAGAUCGGGCUCGCGAGGGUGUUGUCCUGUCAACGUGACGUUCAUUGAACCGCGAGACGACUCGCCCAAGCCGGGGAAUCCGCGACAGUCGAUUAAACAACGGAUGACAGGAAAGCUGUGUGUUGUACAAAUUAAGACAUGGAGUCAAUAGUAGAAGAAAAAUGUGAGGUGAAAGUAUUAGCAUUAUCUAAUACACAAACUAUUACUGCCGAUAAAAAUAAAGGAACAAAGGAGUCGGAUGCAACAAAUAUAGAGAAGAAGAAACAUGAAGAACACAAGAACGUAUCCAAUGUCAAACCAAAGAGAUCCGUCGCGAGAAUUAAAUCGAAAAAAGCUCGAGUUGUGGGUCAGUCAAGUUAUGAUGCCACAAAACUGGAGGAUAGCCCAGCUCAAGUAUUGGAACGUUUUAAAAGAGGCUGCGAGUGUAUUGACGAUCAGUGCUUCAAGGAUCUAAAUCCCGAGGUGGUUUAUCGGCACAGAUUGAAUAUUGCAGAGUUGACUAAGGCUGAGCACGACAUGUAUUUAAUGGGCGUGACUAUGGCAUGUCUGACGGAUCCUUAUCAAACUGCCCGGCACACAGAACGACGUAGAUUACGGGCGCAGUACGUUUAUCAGGGUCGAAGAGUAUGCUUGGAUGCGUUCUUGUAUCUGGAAAAUUGCACGCAUUAUCAGAUCAAGCGAAUCCGAAAGCAUCUAAUGACGCACGGUGUAACGCCGCGCGUACAUGGCAAUCACGGAAAGAUCCCACACAAUACAUUCUCACUGGACAUAUAUAAGAUUGCGACGGAAUUUUUAAAGAACUUUGUUGAGGUGCAAGAGGCCAAGCAGAAAACCAAACUUGCUAAAAAUGCUCCAUUACAUCUAGCGCCGGACAUCACGCGAAAAACGGUGCACGAUUUGUAUACGCAAUAUUGCAAAAAAAUAUCACCCGAUGUCAAGAGCAUGGGCUACUCGACGUUUCGGCGAUUCAUGAAGGUGCAGUUUCCACAGGUGAAGUUUGCCAAGUUGGAAUUUAUUGUGAGAAACCAGACCACGCAGAGUCACUGUCAGACGGAACCCGAUGCGAAAGACGACACGGGUCAACAAAAGUCGCCCAAGUCGGAGCUGCAGACGGAAGGUGGCACGAUAUUGCCAUUGGUGAUAACUCAUGAUUUAGGACAGAACGAGACCUAUGUGCUAACGCCUAUCAGUAAAUUACAGGACGGCGUGAGUUAUCAAGUUACUACGCGCGGGCUGGUAGUCAACAGUUCGGCUAUCACAUUGUCGAAAACGAACGCGGUGUAA